UUCACGCGUUCAAAAAUUGUGAAACAGUAAAACACGUGCUAGAGUGAAAAUUUGUUCUUUUUAACGUUUUUAAACAAAAUGGGAAAGGAUAAAGCUAGUAAAAAGAAGAGUAAAAGUGGUUUAGAAGGUGAAGUUGGGCUUAAGAAAAGAAAGAAUAUUGAGGAUGAUGCAGUUGUUGUUGCUAAAAAGCAAAAGAAGGUGGAGAAUGAUGCUGUAGUCAAGGAAAAGAAGAAAGAGAAAAAAGAUAAGAAAAAGUCAAAACAGCCAAAGGAAAUAGUUGCAGUCAAUGGUAAAGAAAAGAAAAACAAGAAGAAAAAAGAAGAAGCACCAAUGGAGGUGGAUAAGGAUUCUUCCGAUUCAUCGGAGGAUGAAAAACCACCACCAAAGGUUGCUGAUAAACCAAAUCCAGCAAAGCUGAUGGGAGUGAAAGAUGAUUCUUCUUCAAGUGAAACUGACUCAGAGGAUGAAGCACCAGCUAAACCAAAGCCUGUUGAGAAAAAGCCUGUAAAUAAGGAAUCCAGCGAUAGUAGUUCAGACUCAUCAGAUGAUGAACCUGCAAAAAAUCAAAAGAAUGAAAAAAAAGCCACACCAAAAGUUGCUGAAAAGAAAAAAACAACUCCUAAGGUUGUUGCAACAAAGCAAGAUGCAAAAGAUGAUUCUUCCAGUGAAAGUAGCAGUGAUUCAGAAGAUGAGAAAGCAAAAAAGCCUGCAGCAGUCACAACUCCAGCAAGUGGAAAGAAGUCUGCUCAACCAAAAGUGGAAAAGAAAAAGGCUAAGAAGGAGUCAUCUAGUGAGAGUGAUUCCUCAGAUGAUGAUGAUGAUGUGAAACUGCCAGCUGUGGCAAAAACCACACCAAAAACUGCUCAAGUGAAAACGCCAAAAACAGUGCAAGAAAAGAAGAAAGAAUCCUCAAGUGAAGACAGUAGCGACUCUUCUGAUGAGGAUGAACCAGCUGCCAAAAAACCAACAAAGGCUGCUGCUGCACCAGCACCUAAAAAAGAGGUAAAAAAGAAGGAAUCUUCCAGCGAAAGCAGUGAUGACUCAUCUGAUGAGGAGGAGGCCACUACAGCAAAGAACAAAAAAAGCAAGAGUCCUGCUGUUCAAGAAAAGGCGAAGAAACAAUCGUCUAGCGACGAUAGCUCAGAUUCCGACGAUGAAAAUAGCAAAGUGCCAGUGAAAGCUGGAAAAACAACUACACCUGGUGGAAAAGCUAAGCAGGAAAGCUCUGACGAUGAUGAUUCUGACGAUGAUUCAAGUUCUGAUAAGGAAGAAAAGGGUGACAGUGAUGAGUCUUCAGAAGAGGAAGACAGUAAAAAGAAAGAGAAGAAAAAAGCAAACAAGCGAAAGACAGACGAUGAUAACAACAACAUUUCAGCCAAGAAGGCUAAAGCAGACGAGGACUCAGAAGAAAAACACACGGUAUUUGUUGGAAACAUCGCCUUUGAUGCGAGUGAAGACGAUUUGAAGAAUGUCUUUGAGGAAAAUGGCCUUACUCCAACUGGAGCCAGGAUACUAACACGAAACGAUGGAACGUCAAAGGGUUUUGGCUACGUUGAUUUCACAUCUCAAGAUGACAUGAAAAAAGCCAUGAAACUCACUGGUACUGAAUUCUUUGGUCGAGAAUUGAACAUCAAUGUUGCAAACAAACCAAGUGGCGGAGGAGGUCGCGGUGGAGGAGACAGAGGUAGAGGCAGAGGUGGUGGACGAGGAGGGGGACAACGUACCCCAAAGAGGGACCAAAACCCCCCGUCUAGCACGUUGUUUGUGAAGAAUUUGUCGUUUGGUACAACCGAGGAUACGUUGUAUGAGUAUUUCGAGGGUGCUUCCAACGUCAGGAUUGUGACUGAUAGAGAGAGCGGCGAGUCUCGUGGUUUUGGCUAUAUUGAAUAUGGCGAGACUGAUUCCGCGAAGGAUGCGAUGUCAAAAAUGGAUGGAAAGGAGGUGGACGGUCGAAGAUUGUUUCUCGAUUUUGCUACCCCGCGUGAUUCCCCCGGUGGUAGCGGUGGGGGACGAGGGAGAGGUGGCAGAGGAGGUCGAGGAGGAUUUCGUGGUGGUCGCGGAGGUAGAGGAGGAGGACGCGGUGGGUUCAACAAAUCCCCCGGGGCAGCGAAGAACAAAGGUUCAAUUCAAGAAUACCAGGGAAAGAAAACAACCUUUGGUGAUGAUGAAUAAGUCACUCGUACCAUCCUGUACCUGAAUCACAUAACCCACACGCAUCAAAGCACGAUAAUAUAAAAUUAUUGUGUAAUUGAAAAAGCAUUGUGGGGUGAUAUUUAAAAGCUCCAUUGCACUGCUACGAAAUAUUUUUCUCAUUUUCAAAUAGAACACUAUACGACGUACUAUAUUUUAGAUUUGAAGGGUUGUGAGUAGAAGUGAUUUUGUUAUAUAUUUAUAUUUCGUUUAUUAUAUGGCAAGCGAUUCGUUUUUUUCAAGAAGUCGGGAAGACAGCUUAAGUUUGGCGUGAAAUAACUCAAAUAAAUCAACAGCAUUUCAGAAAACAAUUUCUAGCGAAUUUCUUUGAUUGUUCUAAAAUUAACCAUUUAUAUGUUGUUGAAGGUACUGAAUUAUUGUAAGCAAGUUCCCAUUAUGAAACAAUUCGAAUUUUGCCAUGUAAUGAAUGUUUUUACUAGUUGGGAUGGUUCGGGACCGUCCACGAAGACUGUCUAGAGUUUAUAUGAACUUGUAAAAUCUGACUGACCAAGCUGACUAAGCUCAGUAAAGACAUGUGAAUAUGAGUAGUGCAUCUCAACCAUACAUGUAAUUCUGAUACUCUAUUAUAAAAGUCUAGGUCUAUUUAAGAUAGUUUUAAAUGAUAUUCAGCGAAAAGAUGGCAAUGUUAGCCGUCUGUAAUUCA